AUAGCACAUCCAAACACAAAGCGCGAGAAACCAUGACAAAGACAAAGCCUGGCUCAAAGCCGAAGCGCAAGAAAGCGAGCAAAGGCAAGGUGCACAAGACCAAGACAAAAGUUGGACAAGGAACAGUGGGAAAGCGAUCAACAACUGGGGAGCCUGAAGAGCCUGCACCAUCAACGAAGAAUGAGGGAACAUUCCAGGUUGAAUUCCAGUUUUUUGAUCCUGAAGAGGAGGAUUUUCAUAGUGUUCGAGACCUACUGUGCAGCGGCACACUUGGCUUUGCUGAAUUGGAUUUUUCAGGUUUAGCCAACAGUAUUGUGGACCAGGUCAAUAUUGGUACAAUGGUAAAAUCAGGCAAUCCUGAUGAAGCACGGUCGGGUGUUGACCAAGAGGACGAAGACGUGACACUUUGCGGCAUGCUUACAAUUCUAAAUUUGCAGCAGUUCGCCAACACUACGUGGUGCAAGAGCCUUGCGACCCUGCUGGAAAGCAAGGCCAAAUCGGAGAAGCAGCUACUUCAGUACACGCGUUGCUCUGGACAAGAUCAAGUGGGUUUGAUCCUUUCUGAGCGCUUUGUCAAUUUGCCGCUGGAAGUCAUACCGGCAAUGCACAGUGCGAUACUUGAAGAUAUUAAGUGGUCUUGCACCACAGAGUAUUGCCCGCCAGAGGAGCGGCCAUUUUACUUCUUCACACACUUUCUGUGCUUGGCUCGUUGUCAAGCUGUCACAGAAGACCAAGGCCCAUUGCAGUCACUUCAGCUUAAGAAUGGUACCCUACUCCAAUUCUCACGAGCCGAGGAGCUGGUGCUUGCCCGUGCAGCGUCCUUUGUCUCCAGCUUCCCGCAACAAUCCAAAGAUGGCCGCAAGGCAUCGAGCUUUGGCAAGAAGCGGAAGGUGGAAGGCGAUGUCAAGGGUCAGGAAACAGCUUUGCUUUGAGGAACAUGUUGCGGUACUGGUGCUGACUCGGAAGGCUUAUGAAGGAGCCGUCAAGAACAUGCGUGAGGCCCUAAAAGAGGCUUGAUGAACUGCUUUGGCAUCAA